AACACUCCACGAGAAGAAGAUCUAAGAGGGCUGCUGGAAGAUUCUAGAAGUCUACUGUUUGUUAUUGUUACACCGCACAGAAGACGAGAAGGGAUUUCACGGUGCCGAUGAUUUAUUUAAAAAAAAUUAUAGCUUGAAUCUCAUUAAGUUCGUCUGGUCUUUCUUGCGUUAUUUUAAUUUUGUUUAGUUUUUGUUUAAAAUUCCGCUUUUUUAAUUGUUUUUAGAAACGGUCACUACAUAGCUCGACACUGUAGCCUGCAGUUGAAAUAAUCAGGAGAAGUACUAGUUUGAAGGCAACUAUGGUGAAAGAGACUGGGUUUUAUGAUACGCUGGGUGUAAAGCCCAAUGCCAGCCCCGAAGAGCUGAAGAAAGCAUAUCGUAAACUGGCACUGAAAUAUCACCCAGAUAAAAAUCCAACAGAGGGGGAGAGGUUCAAACAGAUCUCCCAGGCGUAUGAGGUUUUGUCAGAUGCCAAGAAGAGAGGAGUGUAUGACAAAGGCGGCGAGAAGGCGAUUAAGGAGGGAGGAAGUGGAGGGCCAAGUUUCGGCUCCCCCAUGGACAUUUUUGACAUGUUCUUUGGAGGAGGGGGACGCAUUCACAGGGAACGAAAAGGAAAGAAUGUGGUUCAUCAGUUGACAGUGUCUUUGGAGGACCUAUAUAAUGGAGCGACCAGGAAACUGGCUGUUCAGAAGAAUAUAAUCUGUGAAAAAUGUGAAGGUCGUGGAGGCCGUAAAGGAUUGAUAGAAGUGUGUUCAUUGUGCCGUGGGGUGGGUGUACAGGUCCGAUUACAUCACUUAGCACCUGGUAUGGUACAGCAGAUAUCAACAGUCUGUGCUGGCUGUCAGGGGCAAGGCCAGCGAAUCGGUCACCGUGACCGCUGCAAAGCAUGUACUGGUCGUAAGAUACUACGGCAGAAGAAGAUUCUUGAGGUGCACAUUGAUAAAGGUAUGAAAGAUGGACAGAAAAUAGUAUUCCAUGGGGAGGGGGACCAGGAGCCUGGCCUGAAACCUGGAGACAUUAUCAUUGUCUUAGAUCAGAAAUCACAUCCAGUUUUCACCAGACAAGGAGAGGACCUCAUCAUGAGCAUGGAGCUACAGUUGGUCGAGUCAUUAUGUGGUUUUCAAAAACUCAUUAAAACACUGGACAACAGAACUAUACUCAUCACAUCCCAUCCAGGGGAGUUGAUCAAACCUGGAGAUAAGAAAUGUGUUCUGAAUGAAGGGAUGCCUGUGUACCGUCGGCCAUUUGAGAAAGGCGGACUCAUCAUUCUUUUCAGUGUCGUCUUUCCUGAAGAGAACUUCCUCCCAUUGGACAAAUUAAAGGAGUUAGAGCGAUACCUACCUGAAAAACAAGCAAAUACUGAGCCUGAUGGUAUGGAUGAUGACCUCUAUAUCUAUGCAGACCUUGAAGACUGUGACCUGACCCAUGAGCGUCGUCAUUACCACUAUAUAGAGGAGAAAGACUUUUACCCUAGUGGAGGUGUACAGUGUCAAACCUCAUAGAGAUUCCUUUUCUUUUACCCUCAAUUAAACAACAAAUGCCACCUCUGCCGGAACACAAGAGAAUAAAAAGGACCAAUAGAAAAUAAUUUUUUUAAAUUACCUCUCAACUAGCUCUGUGCCUAGAAUAAGACCUCUUAGUGCCGAUCUCUUAUGUCAAUGUUUGAUACAAUGUUCUCAUCCAAAAUUUGGAGCUGAUGAUUGGUGAAAAAGUGAGAGGAUAUAUAAAAUCACAUCAAGCAGAGUUGUAAGACUAGUGCCAUGGAGAAUUGAAGGUAAUUUUAUAGAAAUGUGUAGCAAUUUAAAUACGAGGGGGCAUUUCGUGCCAUAAUUCCAGAAAAUCUGAUCUAGAUUUAUUUACACUGAAGAUCAUGUUCUCAUCAUCAGUUUGACAAACAUUAGAAUCUGUGUUGCAUUUUGUUUAUUGACAUUUAAUUGUAGGUUACGUGCUAGAUCAUGAUGUUAAAAUCAUGAUGUUGAUCUUGAUAAUGUUGGACGUUUGUCGUAUGAGCUGCCAGCUGAAUGCAAAAUAAUUUUUUGUAUAACUAUUUGAACUAUUAAUACGGGAAAUAACUUCAAGGUUUAAGGAUGCACUAAAAUUGUCAGUGCUUCUAACAAAAAACGUUUAAGCUCAAAAUAAUGGCAAACUGUGGUGAAAUGAUAACUCAAAAAGCUUUCUUUUGUAGAAAGUGCUACUGUUUAAUUUUGUUACUGCUGUUAUAGCACUUGCAUGUUGUUUAUAGCUUAGUAUAUGGCCAAAUAUCAACAUUUCACAUCACAACCACAAUAAAUGCCAAAGGAACCUAUUCAAGUUGCAUUUUCUUUUUACAGUUUAAUCAAUGGUGGAGAAAACAUUCAAAUCUUAUUUGGUAACUUUUCUUUGAAUUUAAGAUAUUGAAAUGAUUAGAUAAUUUAUUAUAAUUUGUUUGAUAUAUAUGUAUGUUUGAAGGUGUUUUGCAGCCAACUUGCAUAACAAAAAAUGCAUGAUCCCCCCUAUUAUUUUGUUUUUCUUGUCAUUUCUCCCAGCAGAAAAGUCUUUUAUAUGAUGAUGCUAUUAUCUGUGCUGUCUUUUAUUGUAAACAGUGUGGAAUGAUGACCAAUAACUUUGCAUUUGUAGUUCUAUUUAUAAAUUUAAUGUAACAAUGUUAUUUAUUUAGUCCCUUUUUUUUUGGGGGUGAUUGGAUGUUGGGCAAACUGUAUAGAGCAGGAGUACCCAAUCAAGUCGAAAAGAUGUAUGAUCUUGUAUCAACGUAUCUACAUCUUUAUUGAAUAUCUACUGCAAAAAUCAAGCAAUUGACCCCCAAUGACAAGACUGUCAUGGCUUAUUCAUGCUGGAUUUUAACUGAACUGCAGCAAUAUUGGCACACUAUUAACCAACACUGUAAAACAUUAUACCAAUCUUAAAAAUAAAAAAUGUGAAUACCCUUAAUAAAAAUAAUCUGUAAUUAUCAGACAAUAAACCAUACAGAUAACUCCCAUACAGUAGUGCAGUAACUGCAUAAUGUGUUCACUUGCAUGCAGUAUAAGUCGAUAUGCUGGGUCAAGUGUUAAAACACACUAAACCAUUAGUAUCAAAACAAAAUUGUACCAUAUGAAUUCUAAACAUCAGAAUUCUGUAUGUACACAAGUACAAAGAUAUAAGAAUCCAAGACUUCUGAGAAGGUACACUGAAUUUUUGUCUUUGCUCACACUGAUAAAAGAAAUCAUAUACUGUAAAAUUGCACGCAAGAUGUGAAACUCCAACGAUUGUCAGCAAAAAAACAGUACGUUUACCAUAUUAAUUUUGAUAGGGCUAAAUCUUGCAUGCAGAUAUUAUCACAGACAAUACUACAAAGCCCUUAAUAUUAGGAAUAGACCACUACAUCCAUGCAGGGGUUUUUUUAUGUUUCCCAUAAAGUCCUAGAGACUUGAGACGAAGGGAUAGUAUUUGGAAAUUAGAUGCAGUUAAUUUCCGACGGUGGAGAGGUCCUGCAUCUCAUGACUGCUGAGGUUCAAGUUUGACUUUGAGCCUCAUGGUACAGUGGGGAAAAUUUAACUAAAAGGUAAAUACUGAAUACAGAGCUUUCAAUGGAAAACCCAUUUCAGAGCAGUCGUUUAAAGGCAGAGACAAAAAUGUAGUAUGCAAGGAUACCACAAAACAAGAACAUAGAAACCAAGACAUGUGAAA